CACUGUGCGUAACCUGACAGCGACCAGCGUCAAAUAUGGGUUUGACAGCUCGAUGUCAUCGCCCCCAGUUCUGAAGCGUAAACAAUCCCGUUGUUUGUGCUGCGGAUUCGCACGAUAACUUACCCUUCGUCGCAGGCGCUUCGCUUUCGCUUCGCAUUUGUGCACAAAGGGGGUCGUCCGGUGACUUCUGCAAACGGGGCACAGCUAUGAGAAGAAGCAAUUAGACCCCUCAACGGUUAGCAAACGGUAGUGCAUUUCUCCCCUGAAAAGAGUGUACGUGUGUGUGUUGCUGAUAAUAGCCGCACAGGUACAUGGGCAACCGCGGAUAAGGCACGGAUAUGCUCACGUCGAAAAUUACAAAAAUUGGCAAAGUGGUACUAUGCGGCGGCAAGGGCGUUGGAAAGACGGCAAUGCUGGAGCAGCUCAUCUACGGCCACGUUACGAUCGAUUCGGAGCUGCACAGCACGAUCGAAGACACGUACGUGGCCAGCGUGGACACUGGGAAGGGCAGUAGGGACAUGCUGCGCAUUUACGACACGGCCGGACUGCAGGGGAAUGUGCAGCUGCCCCGCCACUAUCUCCUGUUUGCCGACGCGUUCGUGCUGGUGUACGAUCCGAGCGAUCCGGCCAGCUUGGAUCUGCUGGCCGGUAUUAAAAGUGAUAUCGACAAGUACAAGGAUAAGAAGGAGAUGAUAAUUAUUGUGAUAGCCAACAUGCACUCACGGCAUCCGCGGUCGGCGGGCAACGGUGCGCCGACCGGUACCGUACCGCAGUCCCCCAACGGGAACUUGUACCACAGCACCAGCAACGGUAGCCAAAUCAGCAACAACGAUCUAAUUGAGUCCAAUCUCAACCGCGCCAACAAUUGGUGCGCCCGGGAGCGCAUCAAGCACUACACGGUGAACGCGAUGGAGCGGGCCUCGCUGUACGAACCGUUCAUCCAGCUGGCGAUACGCCUCUACCCGACGCAAACCAAAAGCUCCUUCCCCCAGCUUCGACAGCUCACGCAGAAAACGUCCAAGGUGGACAACAGCUAGUUGCAGCGCGCGAUUGCAGCAGCAGCAGCAGCAGCAGCGGAGAAGAGCUUUAUUUAUGUGUUAGUGCAGAUUACUAGUGGACGGCUGCUGCUGCUAAUUAGGGCUGUUGAGCAUAGUGAAACCAAAAAAGCAAGCAAAACAUUCACUACUUAAUUGCCGUAUCGAAUAUGCAUACCUGUGUAUGGGUAUGACACCGUGAUGGCAGGAUGAAACGAGGAUCGUACGAUUGUAUUUAGUAAACCUUUAACUACUUAGCGGGAUCGGCAAUAUUCAUUGCUUUCUUUGUAGCAUUCGCAUUUUUUCUGCUGUCUCGCCAGCAGCUCUCAUAGUGAUGUGAUUUGCUAUUUAUAUUGUUUACUUUAAAAUUUAGAGUAAUAUUUUAUUUAUUCACUAUUUUCCUUCCUCAAUGCUUUUAUUUCUCCGCUCUUUGUGUUGAGAAUAGUGGUCGAAUGAAUGAGUUUUGGGAUUAUAUUGAUUUUUUAAAAUUACAAAUGAGCUGAAAUGUGAAGGCAUUUAGUGUGAUUAAAUUCUCUUUUGCUUAAAAGGUUUUUUACAGGUUUUUUUGCUUACAGAAAUAACAGGAAAUGACGAAAUUGGUUAUUAAAAGUAUAAGUUAAAAGUUAUAAGUAUAAGUAUAAAAGUUAAGUUAUUUGUGUGGAAGGUAUUUUGCACCGUUGGCGGAAUUUAUCCACUUAUCCAAGUCCAUUGAUCCACAGCCAUUCAUAAUUCAGCUUGUGUAUUAAAGAAAUAUUAACUUUAAAUCAAUUAAAUUCAUUCUACCACUAAUCCCGCAGCUUAAGAGCGGAUGUAGCAGCGCAUGCUGCCAAAACUGCAAUUAUAUUUUACGUUUCUUUACAACAAAAAAGUAUCUGUGAGACACACUUUUCGUACUUAAGCAGGAAAAAAAAACAAGUAAGAAUGCAAUCUGUAGCUGUAUAAGAAAACAAAACAAACUGAAUCGGGUACAUUAAAGUGUAAUAAAACCACAAUUUUCAAUUAUAAUGCCAA